GAAUCUGGUGGGAACGAGGGUCCUGAUUCCUGUUUCCCCCCCAGGCGUUCCUGGUGUGCUGGAGGGGUCAUGGGGGUCCCUGCAGCUCCUCUCAUGCUGCUGCUGCUGCUGCUGCUGCACCCUGUGACCCCCACGAGCCCCACAGUCCCCGUGUCCCUCUGCUUCGGCGCGCUGGGGGAUGAUGCCCAAGACCUGGACCUGACCAACAAAACCCGUGGAUGUGCUGAGCUGGACUUGGGCCCUUUCUACCAGAAGCGGUGGCUGUGCCUGAGCCACAACGGCAUCGAGGCCCUGAGCCCCUCAUCCCGCCUCGGGCCCAGGCUGAAGGAGCUGGACCUGAGCUACAACCGGCUGCGGGAGCUGCCCGAGGGGCUCUUCACCCACGCCAAGGCCCUGAGCACCCUGAAGCUGGAGGGGAACCCCCUCUCUGCCGUGCCCCCCGACGCCUUCCAUCCCGCCCUCACCUCCCUCUCCGUGUCCUGCCGCUGCGACGUGGUGGGCACCGUCCUGGCCCCCUGCGCCCACCCGGCCACCCGCUGGUGCCGCUGCUUCACGUCCCACCAGGAGCCCCUGAACGUCACGGAAUUCCACGGCCGGGAGUGCGGGGCCAGCGCGGGGGUGGUGGGCGGCGUGGCUUGGGCGGUGGCCGCGGUGGCCGUGCUGGUGGCCGUGGGCGCUGCCCUGGUGUGUUAUCAGCGUAGGAGGGCGGGGGCCACGGUGGCCGGGGCGGGGUGGGGGAAGCAGGACCCCGGUGCGGGCGUCCGGCAGCCCCAGUACGUCAGCCGGGAUGAUGGGAUUGGCACCAGCGAGGUCGCCGAGGUCGCCGAUGUGCCCGACUACGAGAACGUCUUCGUGAGCCCCGGCACCGCCCCGGCCACCGAGCAGGGAUGGGCACCGGGGUGGAAGGAACAGCGGUACAGCCCCCAGGUCCCGGAGGAUGAGAAUUAUUUCCUGGGGAGCGCGGCUGAUCCCGGGGACCAGCCCAUCUACGCCAACACUCUGGGCCCCACCGAGGACGUUUACAUCAUUCCCGACCACUGAGGGCACUGGGAGGGACUGGGGGUGGGGGCGAGGAGGACACUGGGGGCACUGGGAGGGACCCUCUGCCCCCUGCUGUCUUCCCCUGCUGUCCCCCCAGCCCAGAGGGGACAGGGCCGGGCGCUCCCCGCGGCU